AUGAUAAUCGACUCAGCACACUAUAAUGAAACAUCCCAACGUUCAUCCGAAUGUCUGUUCAGUACGAAAAUAUUAUUUCGUUAUUUCAUGUUAAAAUGUCUGUUGGAUGCUGAAUCGAUACCAUCGGAUAAUGAUAAUCUUAUUGAAUUAUUCCGAACAAAACUGUCUGUGUCUGAACAGGGCAUUUACGAAUUCAAAACGAAUUAUACAGCUGAUCAAGCAAUACUAUUUUAUACGAAAUAUGGAUUUAUAUAUAAAGAAAUAAAUGAAGCAUUGCGUUCAAUAAAUAUCGAUUAUCUUCUACGAUUUCGUUUUGUACUCAAAGAUAUUUAUAAUCAAUUAACUCACCUUAUGGCAGUUAAACCCACAGAUGAAGCUACAAACGUAUAUCGAGGUCAAUAUAUACAUUUCUAUGAGAUAUUCGAUUUAUUUAACAGUUUCAAACAACGAAUACCAACUAUCAUUAAUAGUUUCUUCUCGACAUCACUCGACAGGCAAGUAUCACUCGGAUUUCUGAAGGCUGGCAGUGAAAGAAACUCAAGUAUAACAUCUGUUCCGGUACUUUUUACAAUUACUAUUCACAAACAAGAUGUAUCAUCGGACAGUCCAUUUGCUGAUAUAUCACAAUAUAGUACAAUUCGUGAUGAAAAAGAAAUCUUAUUUACACCAGGUCAAAUGUUUAUGAUCGACAAAUUUGACAUGACGUAUGAAAAUGGCACGUUUAUUUAUUUGAUUAAUAUGAAUCUUUAUAACAACACGAAGUUCAGUCUCAAUGCUCAAUACAGUCGAAUGAAAUCUCAAUGGCAAGAAGAAACAAAUGAUUCGUUACUUCAUCUCGCUCAAUUACUUACUGCUUCGAAUCGUUACGAUCAAGCAAAGAAAUUAUAUGAGCAAUUACUCACCCAGAAGUCUGACCAGCAAACAAAGAUGAUUUGCUAUAAAGGUUUGCGUGAAAUAGCUUCAUUCAUGAACAGUAGUGAUGAAGUGAAAGCCUAUACUCAGAAGUUGAUGGAGUCAAAAUUUGAUAGUCAUCAGACGUUAUCGCCAAUGCCGGACCAGAUAGUGGUUGGUAGAGGAUUCCAGCAAAUGUUAUCAACAUUUAUGAAUAAUGCUCAAGAAGCGUUAUCGCAAACAUCUCUUGAUCGUCCGCUUCAAGAUAUUGCUAGUUACACGAAAAGUAAUGAAUAG